AUGGCCUUCCUGCUGCUUUGCUGCGCUCUCUUAGGAUGCCUGAGCCCCCUUUGGCUUCCGGAGACCACGGCGCAGUUCCCACGGGCGUGCAUGACUGUGGAGAUGCUGCAGUCCAAGCAAUGCUGCCCUCCUUUGGGGCCUAAUCCUGACAACGUGUGCGGCUUGCAGCAAGGCAGGGGGAUCUGUAAGGAGGUGCAGGUGGACACCAGACCCUGGAGUGGGCCCUACACUCUCCACAAUGUGGACGACCGAGAACGAUGGCCGCUGAAAUUCUUCAACAGAAGUUGUCAGUGUACAGGUGAGAAGAAGAAGAAGAAGAUGAUAAUAAUAAUAAUAAUAAUAUAAUUUAUACCCCACCCACUCUGGGCGGCUCCCAACAGAAUAUUAAAAACAUGACAAGACAUCAAACUUUAAAAACUUCCCUAAAUAGGGUUGUCUUCAGAUGUCUUCUAAAAGUCAGAUAGUUGUUUAUUUCCUUGACAUCUGAUGGGAGGGUGUUCCACAGGGCGGGUGCCACUACCGAGAAGGCCCUCUGUCUGGUUCCCUGUUAACUCAUUUCUCGCAGUGAGGGAACCACCAGAAGGCCCUCGGAGGUGGACCUCAGUGUAUGAGGGCUGAAUGAUGGGUGUGAAGACGCUCCUUCGGGUAUACUGGGAGGGAGGUUCCUUACUCUCUGGAGAAAGCCAGGGAGAUUCAGAAAUAUACAGUGGUACCUCAGGUUACAUACGCUUCAGGUUACAUACGUUUCAGGUUACAGACUCCGCUAACCCAGAAAUAGUGCUUCAGGUUAAGAACUUUCCUUCAGGAUGAGAAGAGAAAUUGUACUCCAGCAGCACAGUAGCUAAAGUGGUGCUUCAGGUUAAGAACAGUUUCAGGUUAAGAACGGACCUCCGGAACAAAUUAAGUACUUAACCCAAGGUACCACUGUACUAGAAGGUCCCCAUGAUUCUGCCAGGUUCCAUCUAUUUUGCAUGUGCAAAAUAGACACAAAGCUACGUUUUAUAUUUCUUAUUUUCAUCCCCAGUACUUGUGAUACAUAUCAACCGUUUCCAGUGUUACAUUUCCCUAUUAACGUUCCAAAAACAGCUAUACAGAAGCAGGAAGAAAAUGGCUACAGGUGCUCAGCUUUGUAAUGUGUUCAGACCCGAAUCAGACGUACAUCAUGAUGAAAGGCAGGAGAACAGAGUUUUGCCACUUUUGCCACUUUUAGGCUUUCCCCCACAUUAAAAAGAGGCCUUUUGAUUCACGGAACUUACUAAUUGCCUGACAAGAAAGACACUAAGGCCAAUGUACUGUUAUAUGGUCCUCAUUUUCCUGAAUGGUGAAAAUUUACAAGGGAAGAGCUACAAAUUUAACUUCCUUUGGGGGAGAGACCACUAGAGAUUUAUGGUGCCUUUGCAAUAUAUGUUGAAAUUGUAAGUAUAUGAGCAGAGUAUACUGGAAGCAAACAGAAACUCCUACAGUAGAAAGCAAAUCCCAUACAGCAUUUCUGAAAGCUCAGCUCAGCUUUUAUACCUCCAGACAAUUUUACAGCUCCCAAACUCUCUCUAAUGCUCUCUAAAUUCAGACUGACAUCUGGAUCCAACUUUAUUUACUCUGCUUCUCACCUAGAGAAUCGUCAUCUUCCCCAAGCACUGGAUAUCACAUUGCAGAAGCUGGGGGAGAGAUUUCUAUUCCAGCUAUCUCCUAUCAUUUGGGAAUGUUUUAGUAGUCAACAGACUGAUAAAUAGAUGCUCACAGUCACCAAACAAUAACAAAACAGUAUUAAAAUGAAUACGACAUUUUCUUCACUUCCUGCUCUUGGGUUUUUGAACUGCGUUAAUUUGGAGGAAGAUCUGGAGCUAAUUACCAGUUUAGUAGCUGCAAUUAGACAAACAAGAGAUCUUUUUGGAAAUCUCCAAGAUCUCCCAAAGUGCGUUCUCUGGUAUAGUUGUUUGUUUUUCUAAUGCAUUAGUUUUACCUUCUGGUGGCUGCUUUGCUGAUAAUAUCGCUCUGUUAUGCUAAAGGCAGCACUGUUCCGUCUUUGCCAAAUGUUUCAGCCACCAGAACACGAAGUGCAGUUAUGAGACCUCAUGUAAGAACAGCGCAUGAGGCAGCUUGAAGGAAAGUUUUGAGCUGACAGAUAAGGUUUCAUUUGAAAGCAUUUGUGUGUUCCGCAUCAAAUGCAUUAGGGUAGCCAAUUUGCCCAGAGGCGAGAAAAGGAAAAAGAAAGAAAAGAGCCAGUAACAGUUGCUGCGGUUGUACCUAUCAAGUCCCUCAAUGUCAAUUUGAUUGCCAGGUUAAAACACAGAGAUAAUGCUAUGUUAAUUUAUUCAUUAUAUUUACAUCCCAUUUUUACUUCAAGGAUCUUAAGGCAGGGGAAAUGAUCCUCCCCACUUUUAUUUGGACUAGAUAGAUCUUUGGUCUGAACUGGGAGCUCUCUUAAGGCACUCAUGUUUGUAGGCGGUCUAGAGAGGGUAUUUUGUUCAUGAGCUCCCAAAAUCUGGAGCUGGCAUUGUCUGCAGGUAAGCUUCAAACAGGAGCCAGGUGGCAACUAGAUACUUCAGACCACAAAGGUUUCGGUUCUGAAAAUAGGGCAUUUGCACCUCAUCAAACAACAUAUGUUCUCUUCAUCUUCAUUUUCUCCAUUGCGGGGGUAAUCUUGACUGUAUCCUUCCCAGAUGCAGUUAAAGAGUUAGUGAUGACAUUUGCUUGCCUGAACCAUCUGAAACAAUUGCAGCUUGUCAUUGCAGUUAUCAGAAGAGUUAUUUAGAAGUGUGGCUUAAAUGUCCCUGCAGAGCUUAGGCACUUUAAAACUAUCAUCAGGCAUGACGCUACUUCUGAAUGCAGUUGUUUUCAAGCCAGAGCAGCGAAAAGAAUUCCUGCUUGUCAGAACUGGUUCGUCCCCAUGGACUCAUGCCCAAAUUUAGAUCGGGUCUGCACAACUUGUGCCCCAGCAGCCAUGUGGCGGCCCACUAAAGGUAAAGGGACCCCUGACCAUUAGGUCCAGUCGUGGCCGACUCUGGGGUUGCGGCGCUCAUCUCGCUUUAUUGGCCGAGGGAGCCGGCGUACAGCUUCCAGGUCAUGUGGCCAGCAUGACUAAGCCGCUUCUGGCAAACCAGAGCGGCACACGGAAACACCGUUUACCUUCCUGCCAGAGCGGUACCUAUUUAUCUACUUGCACUUUGAUGUGCUUUCGAACUGCUAGGUUGGCAGGAGCUUGCUUCCGGUCUGGGACUGUAGAGGCUGGGAGAUUACAAAGCAAGGUGCCAGUACACGACUGAUGGUCUCUCUUGAGUUAGGUGGGUCAGUCAACACAGACUGCCAACCUAGCUGGAUUUCCUGAGAGACCAAGGUUGUGCAUGCUAUAUAUGCAAACCCUCCAAGUGCCCCUAUUUUCCAGGGACAGCCCCGGAUUUACAGAAGCUGUCCCGCUUUCUGAUUUGAUCCCAGAAUGUCCCGCUUUUCCUUAGGACGUCCCUAGUUUCAUCAGAGAAAUGUUGGAGAGUAUGGAAUAGGAUGUCCUUAUUUUCAUUGGAGAAAUGUUGGAGGGUAAAAGGUAAAGGACGCCUGGACAGUUAAGUCCAGUCAAAGGCAACUAUGGGGUUGUGGCGCUCAUCUCGCUUUCAGGCUGAGGGAGCCGGUGUUUGUCCACAGACAGCUUUCCGGGUCAUGUGUCCAGCAUGACUAAACCGCUUCUGGCGCUAUGGGACACUGUGACGGAAACCAGAGUGCACAGAAACGCUGUUUACCUUCCCACCGCAGCGGUACCUAUUUAUCUACUUGCACAGGUGUGCUUUCGAACUGCUAGGUUGGCAGGAGCUGGGACAGAGCAACGGGAGCUCACCCCGUAGCGGGGAUUUGAACUGCCGACCUUCUGAUUGGCAAGCCCAAGAGGCUCAGUGGUUGCAGUUAAUGACAGUGGCAAACUCUCAAAUUUCAGUGGUGCCUCGCCCAAUGCUAAAAUUGAGCCCCCCCACCUCUCACACUCUGUUUUGCAGCAUCAUUUUGGCGCCCCCUGCAAUGCAACCACAGUGUUUGCACUUCUAUAAAACUGCCUCUGUUAAUGACCUACCAUCGGGGAGGUGGCUCAGUGGCCUUACUGAGCUACUGUUAUUAGAGCAAUACUUUGUUCUGUGGACACUGCUCCUCCUUGUAGCUAGGGCAUUAUAAAUCAGAAAUAAUUGAAUAUGAAAGUCUGACCUAUCCCAGUUUUCUUCUGCUAAUACUGCUUGUAAGGGAUUAUUGUUUGAAUGCGUCGACUGAUUUAGGGCAGAGGUCAUGAAUGUAAUUGCAAGCAAUUACCAGCCAUUAUGGCUCUUAGAUGGCUUCUUCCAUACUUCAUCUUUUAUGAAUGUGAUAGAUUUUCCUCGUAUGUUGAGACAAGUCAGCAAAUCCUGUCCACACAUUCCCCUUUUCUCUGCAUCCCAUGUGCUCCCUGUACCAUUUUGGGAAGUGGUGUUCACAGGGCUUUAGUCCCAAUCAGUAUCUAUACUGUCAUUUCUUAUGAAUGACAGUACUGCAUUUUGGGGUCUUUCCCCCCAAACCAGCUUUGAUCUGAAUUGAGGCAAAGAAUGACCCUGGCCAUUUCUACACAGUCUAUACUCUGUUUCUGGGGUUUUUAUUUCUGCUGAAGCUAAAUCCCAGGGGGCAGUGAUCUCUCCAGAUCUCAGAACCAGGGAAGGGGAAUACUACUGCUUAAAAAUAAAUAUAUAUUUUAAAUCUGUUCUCAUAGCUGGCUCCGUGUUACCUACUGCUUGGUGAGCUUGUUCAUCAGGUUUAGGCUGCUUUUUUUCCAAAUGUCAUACCAACUCUGCAGACUUCAGGGAGGAUGGCUGGCAAAUCUGACCAAGGUAGCAGUCAUGGUCUCAUUUGUUCACAAUGCCUUUAGCGUACACAUGGUGGUGGAUUUAUGGAAACAGCCCUCCUGAGAUGUUGGAGAGCAUGUAGUCAUUUUGGCUGCAUACACAACAUACAUUUAAAGAAUCACAAAGAAUCAUGGAAAAUGGAAUUUACCCCUCUCUGAGUUACAAUUCCCAGCCUCCUUAACAAAUUAUAGUUCUCAGGCUUCUUGAUGUGCAUGUGUGUGCUUUUGUCAGGCUUCAGGGAAUUGGCUUCCCCUCCCGUGGCAGUAGAUAAGCAGAACAAAGGAAAAGGAGUCUUCUUACCAGUUAGAAACUUUAAUAAUCACAGCGAGAGAGCAAAGAACACAUCUCCUAGAAAUGGCGGUGCUCCCAGUUAAGGAAUCCACCCCUUUCCGUCCUUAUUAAUCUACGUCACUUCUAUGUCUUGUAAUCUGAGCUUGUACCCUCUGUGCUUUCUGUUAUGCCACUUUCUGAGCUCUCCUUGACUUUGGAGAAGGGGAGUGAAUGCUGUCCAGAGACUGUGAAUCUGUUAACCCUCUCUCUCCCAGUGUUUCUUCUCCUAGCUGUUCCCCAUCCAGUAUUUCCCAGCUUCUGCUUUCUGAACUAUGCCCUUCUGCAAACCACUGUUCCAAAUCUAUACGGUCCUCCUGCUCCUAGGAAGAUUCAGGAUCUGGAGCAGGAGCAGGCGGAGGGGGAGGGGAGGCUCCCAGCAUUCCUCCUCAGUGCAGACCUCCUUAGCACGGUCCCUGAUAGCUUUGAAUGUUUAGCAUUUAUUCAGCCUUUAACUCCUCGUCAUCACAGAGAGGUUUGGGUAACAUCUUCUGCUUCUGUAUGCUGACGUAUGACUGAUGCUGUCUUUUAAUACAGGGAACUUUGCCGGCUACAACUGUGGGGACUGCAAAUUUGGUUGGUCAGGACCCAACUGUGAUGAGAAGAAGCCUCUGGUUGUCCGGAAGAAUAUCCACGCUUUGACGGAGGAAGAGCGAGAGCAAUUCUUGGAUGCCCUCAACCGUGCAAAGACCACCGUUCACCCUGACUAUGUGAUCGCUACACAGCAUUGGCUGAGUCUGCUUGGUCCCAGUGGAAAUGACCCGCAAGUUGCAAAUUGCAGCAUUUACAAUUACUAUGUGUGGCUUCAUUAUUACUCAGUCAGAGACACUCUUUUAGGUUGGUGAUUUCCAUUAGCAAGGGAUAAGAUAGGAAAAGGUGAAACACACACUAAAAGGAAUGUCAACAGAGUGGUGGUUUUUUUUUUUUAAAAAAAACCACUUUGGAAAAACACACUGUAGUUAACAUAGGAAAUGGAACAUUUCCAACACAGUGGAUGUGAUUUGUCUGAGAACUUCCCCUCUUCUGGGGAAAAGGAUCCCCCCCCCCCCCAUUCUCCCUACUUAGGAGCUUUGGAAUGCUCCUUGAAGCUUCUUAGGAUUCAUGUAAUUUUUGGAAUAGUCUAGUUAGUAGAAAGGUAGUAUGGUUUGUACAGUACUGAGGUUUGAAUUUGUAUUACAGUGGUGCCUCGCAAGACAAAAGUAAUCCGUUCCGCGAGUCUCUUCAUCUUGCGGUUUUUUCGUCUUGCGAAGCACGGCUAUUAGCGGCUUAGCGGCUAUUAACGGCUUAGCGGCUUAGCGGCUAUUAACGGCUUAGUGGCUUUAAGAAAAAGGAACAAACUCGCAAGAACUCGCAAGACGUUUCGUCUUGCGAAGCAAGCCCAUAGGGAAAUUCGUCUUGCGGAACGACUCAAAAAAAUGCAAAACCCUUUCGUCUAGCGAGUUUUUCGUCUUGCGAGGCAUUCGUCUUGCGGGGCACCACUGUACAUUUAUUUUACACUGUUUGGGUUUUUUGGGGGUGCGCGCACACUUUUCUUUAAAAACACACAAGAAAGCCAUUAAAAAACCUCCAAUAAAUCAGAAAUAGAUGUGGAAAUGUUCUAGUAUUACCCUUUGUCUGAAACAUAAAGUUUAGAGCCACAUACGAUCACUGUUCUGAUAGCCAAAAAUGGAAAUAGUUUUCCAUUCUGACUUUCCAAGCAAAGCAUACAGGAUUUUCACCAUAGGAUAAGAAGAAAGAAUGGUGCUGGCAGAUAACAUUUCAACUGAGCCUAUGUGGCCUAAUCUGAAUCCUGGGCAUAUGGCAGUCAGCUAGAUGGAUAGAUAUCUAGAAUUUUAGAAACAAGAAUGUGCCAUAAUUUAUAAGCCAGGACAGCAAAAGGCACAGCUUUCCCUCGUCUGUCAAGGCAUUGUAGCAAUGUUUUUUAAAAUGGAUUUCUAGCCAAUGUGAUAGAGAAAACGUCCCCUUUCUAAGUUUAAUUCCAUUUUAACCACAGGACCAGGCCGCCCCUUCACAGCAAUAGACUUCUCCCACCAAGGACCUGCCUUUGUAACUUGGCACAGGUAUCACUUGCUGCUGCUGGAAAGAGAUCUGCAGGUUAGUGAAAACACCGACUGGUGUAUGUUUGAAAGAUGUAAAUAGAGACGCUUCUAAGCCCUCCCUCCCUCUCACCCCCACCCCAUUCCCGAGAGGGAGGAAUUCUCAGCAUAAUGAGCUUCUUUAAGGCUUAGCAUUCUAGCACAAAAUGGGAAAUGUGUAAAGAUGGUACUGAGGAAAGAGAAUGAUGUGAUAAAGGAUUUCAAGCUUCCCUAUCUGUUGCAUUGGUAAAGGUAAAGGUAAAUGACCCUUGGAUGGUUAGGUCCAGUCAAAGGUGACUAUGGGGAUGCGGCGCUCAUCUUGCUUUCAGGCUGAGGGAGCCGGCAUUUGUCCACAGACAGCUUUCUGGGUCAUGUGGCCAGCAUGACUAAACCGCUUCCGGUGCAAUGGAACACCAUGACGGAAACCAGAGCGCAUGGAAAUGCUGUUUACCUUCCUGCCACAGUGGUACCUAUUUAUCUACUUUCACUGGUGUGCUUUCGAACUACUAGGUUGGCAGGAGCUGGGACAGAGCAAUGGAAGCUCACCCCGUCAUGGGGAUUCAAACUGUUGACCUUCUGAUCAGCAAGCCCAAGAGGCUCAGUGGUUUAGACCACAGCUGCAUUGGCUGGUAGAGGGAUCGGUUGAGGUGGGGAUAAACUACACAGACAAUAAUCCAAGGCCAUCCCACUCUAAUUAGGCAUGUAAGAAUGAUUGUUUUGCAUGCCCAGGCGGUGACCCCCUGACCCCUGAGAGACCACUGCAUGCUUUGCUGUUGGCUCCGCCCCCUAAUAAAUAGCACGAGUAGACCAGAGUGAAUUCUGCUCACUCACAGUCCCCUCGGCUGGCCCCGCCUCCACCAAUGCCACUGAUUGGAUUAUUUGAACCAAGGUUUGUUGGGAACACCCAAUGGCUGCAGCAUCAGGGAGGCGGGUCAGCAUGGCGAGCUGGUAGAUCCCACGAGUCUUGGGGGUGCUGCAUGUGAUCCCACAAAGGGCACCCACAGUCUGAGGACUGUGACGCGGCAGCUAGAAAAGCCAAUGCAACUCUGUGCUGCAUCAAUAGGAGUAUAGCAUCUAGAUCAAGGGAAGUAAUAGUGCCACUGUAUUCUGCUCUGGUCAGACCUCACCUGGAGUACUGUGUCCAGUUCUGGGCACCACAGUUCAAGAAGGACACUGACAAACUGGAACGUGUCCAGAGGAGGGCAACCAAAAUGGUCAAAGGCCUGGAAACGAUGCCUUAUGAGGAACGGCUAAGGGAGCUGGGCAUGUUUAGCCUGGAGAAGAGGAGGUUAAGGGGUGAUAUGAUAGCCAUGUUCAAAUAUAUAAAAGGAUGUCACAUAGAGGAGGGAGAAAGGUUGCUUUCUGCUGCUCCAGAGAAGCGGACACGGAGCAAUGGAUCCAAACUACAAGAAAGAAGAUUCCACCUAAACAUUAGGAAGAACUUCCUGACAGUAAGAGCUGUUCGACAGUGGAAUUUGCUGCCAAGGAGUGUGGUGGAGUCUCCUUCUUUGGAGGUCUUUAAGCAGAGGCUUGACAACCAUAUGUCAGGAGUGCUCUGAUGGUGUUUCCUGCUUGGCAGGGGGUUGGACUUGAUGGCCCUUGUGGUCUCUUCCAACUCUAUGAUUCUAUGAUUCUAUGACUGAGCGUUCCUUCUCUUCCCCCCUGUAUUUUAACAUGCAACACUGUUUCCAUUCCACUGCUGUUCAUCUUCUGCUAAAACUAUGUUUGCCUCGCUGUCCGUUGUCUGCUAUCAUUACAUUGUUCCUGUCUUUUCAUUUUGAUGCAAAGGCAAUUCAUUGGAUAGCUCAGUUGGUUACAGCAUGCUGCUGAUAACAGCAAGGUCGCAGGUUCAAUCCCUAUAUGGGACAGCUGUAUAUUCCUGUGAAAUAUACCAUAUUUUUCACUCUAUAGGACGCACCUUUUCCCCUCCAAAAAUGAAGGGGAAAUGUGUGUGCGUCCUAUGGAGCGAAUGCAGGGGGGAGGCAGGCAGGAAAAGCCCCCAAAAGCCGCACACAAGCUCCGCGCGGCUCUUGCGAGCUUUUCCUCAGGAGGGACAAGGGACUGACGCGACCAGUCAGUCCCUUCUCCCUCCUCGUAGAAAAGCCCACAGGAGCCGCGUGCUCCUUAAAGGGUGCACGGCUCCUGUGGGCUUUUGCGGGAGGUGGGGGUAUUGCCAUAGCCCCACGACCCUCUCCUGGCUGGAGAUGUGGCGCGCGGCUAUGGCAGCCGCCUCUCCGCUGCGCGCCUUUCCGCUGCUCCCCGACCUGCUCUUUGGGGCUGGCGGUGGGCUUCCCCCCCAGCUCCAAAGAGCAGGUCGAAAGGAACCUUGAGCCUGGAGAGCGAGGCUCGCUCUCCAGCCUCGACUGAACGCACCUUGAAUGGCACCUUGUUUUAGAGGGGGAAAACAAGGGGGGAAAAUUCUCCUCUCUGUGCAGCACCUCCUGCUGCUUCACUGAAGGGGCGCUGGGCAGAGAGGGGGAGAAUUUUUUUUUCUUGUUCUCCCCCCUCUAAAACAAGGUGUGUCCUAUUGUCCGGUGCGUCCUAUAGAGCGAAAAAUACGGUACUCAGAGUCUAGAGUGGAUUUCAUGCUCUUUAUUCAGCUCAUAGUGGUGAGGAGGAAUGAAAGUUCCCCCAGAAUGUCUGCUUUAUAUACAUUAUUUACACAAUGGGCCCCACGUGAUUGGCUAAUUCAGGGAUUCACCUGUAGGCCAAUCAGGUUGCGGAUUCACUUCCACCUGGAGCUGGAUUGGGUGGCUCCUGUGGACCAAUCAGACUGCUGCAUUUGGGACCCUAUUGUUCUAGGACCAAUCAGACUGCUGCAUUCUGAAUCCUAUUGUUCUAGGACCAAUCAGACUGCUGCCUUUUGGAUCCUAUUCAACUCAGUACAUAACAUCCUGCAUUGCAAAGGCUUGGACUCAAUGAUCCUCCACGUCCCUUCUGAUAGAAUCAUAGAUUUGUUUUGUAUGCAACACAAGGCACAUGUGUGUGUGUGUGUGUGUGUGUGUGUGUGUGUGUGUAGAAACUUUGUGCUCUGAUUUCAGGCAAAUAUAGCACACCUACCUGAAGAGAUAUCCAUGUUUUUGUAGGGAUUGGGAUGGCCUGGGUUUGAAAAAGGAAAGAGACAGUUUGGGAUAGUGUUGCAAAGAGGUUAUAUGAGGUUUGUUGAGCUGCGGAAUUUUUUUAAACAAAUGUUUUAUGCAAAGAACUAAUCCAAAGUUGCUUCAUCUCCACCCCCCUCCAUCUCCCCACUCUCAUGUUUAGCGGAUGAUUGGGAACGAUUCCUUUGCAUUGCCUUACUGGAAUUUUGCUACAGGCAGAAAUGAAUGUGAUGUGUGCACUGAUCAGCUUUUGGGAGCACCGAGUCCAGACGACCCAAACAUAAUAAGUCGGAAUUCAAGGUUUUCACAGUGGCAGAUAGUAUGCAACAGGUAACACAAUUUUGUUUACAACUGAGAUAUUGGGGAUACCUAUGCAUCCAGGUUUUUAACUCCUUCUUUGAUUUUUUUUUGAGCUGUCAAUAGAUUCAAGAAUUACCUGCCUUUUCAUUGAUGAAUAAAUUCAUUCAUUGCAUUUAAAGAAAUGCUGCAUCAAAACCUCAAUAAAGAUGACAUUUUAAAAUUUCUGGAGGAAGUGUAAGAUAAUUUUCUGUUUAAUAAGUAAUAGCUGCCACCAAGACUUGGUUCAGAUGUAAUGCUAAACUAUGGUUUAGCAUGGCCUCAGGCUCUGUUCUCCCUCUUCCUUCUUCAGCACAGCUGCAGUUAACUCUGGUUUGCUCUUAUGCCCGAAGCCACAACUGUGGUUAAUCUUCACUAUGGUUUAGCAAAACAAACCAGGACCACAAGCCACAGUUUGAAGUUGACUUGUUUUCCUAAAGUGUAGAUAAACCUAUCCACAGUUUGUUUGGAUUCAGACAUAACAACAAACCUUAGUUAGUCAAAAAUGGAAGCAAAAGCUUCUGAUUUCCUCUCAGCAAAUUGGAGAGAAGAAGAAGAAGAAGAGUUUGGAUUUGAUAUCCCGCCUUUCACUCCCCUUCAGGAGUCUCAAAGCGGCUAACAUUCUCCUUUCCCUUCCUCCCCCACAACAAACACUCUGUGAGGUGAGUGGGGCUGAGAGACUUCAGAGAAGUGUGACUAGCCCAAGGUCACCCAGCAGCUGCAUGUGGAGGAGCGGAGACACGAACCCGGUUCCCCAGAUUACGAGACUACCGUUCUUAACCACUAUGCAUAGGUGACUGAAUACAGCCAACUAUUUGAAGAAAAGUCUAUUUUUAAUUUGUUGAGCAUGAUUUAUUUCACCUUCCUUGCACAUGGCUCCGAGAGGGAUUCCUCAAUUGGGACCUCUAACUCCCCCAGCCCUGAAUCUGCCUGACCAUUAUCUCAACUGUGUGUGUGUGGGGGGGUAUGUUUGUACUUCCAACACAAAGAUCCAACACUUUGUACCUCCUAUGCAAGGCCGUCUUAAGCAUUAGCCCUAGGACCCACGUACCUACGGGACCACCUCUCCUGGUAUGCCCCGCGGAGGACCUUAAGGUCCACAAAUGACAACAUUUUGGAGGUCGCAAGGUGGUUAGAUUGGUCUCAACUAGGGCCAGGGCCUUUUCAGUACUGGCCCUGACUUGGUGGAACGCUCUGUCACAAGAGACUAGGGCCCUGCAGGACUUGACAUCUUUCCGCAGGGCCUGCAAGACAGAGCUGUUCCGCUUGGCCUUUGGUUUGGACUCAGUCUGACCCUUAUGUUUCCCUCCCCUUAUGGUUUUGAUCUAUGGGCUACUUUUAAAAUGAGGCUGCAUUUUAAAUUGCAUUUUAACCUGUAUUUUAAAUUGCCCCCCAUUUUGUUUUUACUGUAAUUUUACUGGUGUUAACUGCCCUGAGCCCGGCUCUGGCCGGAGAGGGCGGGGUAUAAAUAAAAUUUAUUAUUAUUAUUAUUAUUAUUAUUAUUAUUAUUAUUAUAUCCGGCGCCGUGGUGCAAAACUUUUCCCAGAGUUUUUUUAAGGAGGACUGCACUGCUGGCAGGGCUGCAGGAGGCGGUCAGCGGCUGGAGGGCGGCUCCUCCGGUGGGGAAGAGGUGGAGGCUGGACGCGACGCCUCCUGGCUCACCUGGAUGCUUCGUGCCGUGGUGGCCAUGGCAGACGGAGGCUCCAGGUGCGGCACUGCUUCGGCACGGCAUGGUGGAGGUGGGCGAGGGUGGUGAGCUGGUGCUGGGAGGAGCUGUGUCCAGCCUCCGCCUCUUGCCUGGCACCCUUCAGAACUUGGCGCCCUGGCGCCCCGCGCCACUAGCCUCUAUGGGUAAGACGCCCCUGCUCCUAUGCUCCCUGGUGCGCAAACACUUGAUGUAUGGGUGAUCAACAUUUCCCCCAAUGGGAAGAUUAACUAAGGACCGGCCAAUCACCGUAUUUUUCGCUCUAUAAGACGCACCAGACCAUAAGACGCACCUAGUUUUUGGAGGAGGAAAACAAGAAAAAAAAUAUUCUGAAUCCCAGAAGCCAGAACAGCAAGAGGGAGCGCUGCGCAGUGAUCCCUCUCGUUGUUCUGGCUUCUGGGAUAGCUGCACAGCCUGCAUUUGCUCCAUAAGACGCACACACAUUUUCCCUUACUUUUUAGGAGGGAAAAAGUGCGUCUUAUAGAGCAAAAAAUACGGUAAUCUUCCAGUUAAAACCAAUUAAAGCUUUUGGCCUGUCUUCCUCCCUGCAUAAAAUCAAUAACAAGAAAGCUCAGCCCAAAAUCAAGUCUGACUGCUUCAUGUCUCUCUAUUUGUAAACCCAAGUUUGGAUGACUAUAACCGGCUGGUUACACUUUGUAAUGGGACCAAUGAAGGACUUCUGCAGAGGAACCCAUUCAGCAAAGCAGGGGACCGGCUACCAACCAUGGAAGAUGUCCAGAAUUGCCUCUCUCUGCAAGACUUUGACAAGCCGCCUUUCUUUCGGAAUUCUAGUUUUAGCUUCAGGUUAGUUCUUUGGUUUGCAUCGUUUGCUUUGCUGCACAACGGAGCUUGUGAGAUGGUAAUGCUCUGCGUUGCUUGACACAGGAAUACUUUGGAAGGCUUUGAUGAACCCAAUGGAACCCUGGGCCCAUCAGCCGUGAGCCUCCAUAACUUGGUCCACUCGGUCUUGAACGGAACAAGUGCUUUCCCUCAUUCUGCAGUGAACGAUCCUGUAUUUGUGGUAUGUCCUUAUCUCAUUUUGGGUCCCUUGAAGUCCUUGUAACCAAAUAUGCCUAUUGGGACAUGGGUGCCACUGUGGUCUAAAGCACUGAGCCUCUUGGGCUUGCCGAUUGGAAGGUCGUCAGUUAGAAUCCCCAUGACAAAGUGAGCUCCAGUUGCUCUGUCCCAGCUCCUGCCAACCUAGCAUGUCAAAAGCACGCCAGUCCCAGUAGAUAAAUAGGUACUGCUGCAGCGGGAAGGUAAACGGCAUUUCCAUGCGCUCUGGUUUCCGUCAUGGUGUUCCGUUGCGCCAGAAGCGGUUUAGUCCUGCUGGCCACAUGACCCAGAAAGCCGUUUGUGGACAAACAGAGGCUCCCUCGGCCUGAAAGCGAGAUGAGCACCCCAACCCCAUAGUUGCCUUUGACUGGACCUAACUGUUCAGGGGUCCUUUACCUAUUGGGGAACAUUUCCCAGGAGGACCACUUCUACGAAUGAGAACAGAAGUCAUGUCUUCUUUUGAUUAUUUGGUGUACCUGCUAGUGCUAUCCACCCAAUAUUGACGUUUUCAAUUUUUACUAGAGCCGGAUGUGUGCCCUUUUUGGAGCUGUGAUCUUGAGCAAGACAUCUGUCCAGCCAUGAUCACACACGUUUUUAGGUGCUGUGCUCUCACAUGAGAGCAGGGCCCCCCAAAACAGGAUGUCCCGAACCCAUGAUGGAUGGGUUAUACAGAUCUCCUGGAGUCUGUGAACCACCAGUUGAGAACCACUGGGUUAGUGUUGUCACUUCAGAUUUAACCAACAUAUGUCAAAAGUAGUCAGGUUGGUGAAUCCGUGAUCUGACGCCAUAUAAACAGACUUUAGUCCACUUUCGAAAUCUGACCUGCAUUUCAAAAUAAUGGAAUGAAUUAUGGAGGUAAAAACAACUCUCUGAUCAGAUCAUUUAGACACAGAAGGGAGGAGGUUGUGGAACACCCUCCCAUCAGAUGUCAAGGAAAUAAACAACUAUCUGACUUUUUGACAACACCUGAAGGCAGCCCUAUUUAGGGAAGUACUUAAUGUUUGAUGAUUUAUCGUGUUUUUAAUAUUCUGUUGGGGAAUAUUCCUCAGCCUAGAGUGGCUGGGGAAACCCAGCCAGAUGGGUGGGGUAUAAAUAAAUGUAUUAUUAUUAUUAUUGUUAUUAUUAUUAUUAUUAUUAUUAUUAUUAUUUAAAAAGACAAAUCAAAAUCUGAUUCAUUACUCGUUUUGUUUUGAUAAAGUAUUUACAACCCUUUUGUGAGGACAGGAGUGUCCUAUUCGUGCACCUUACAGAACCCCUAUGUGGGCAGACAGUGAGAGAUUUUACUUUCGACUUCCGGGUUGGCGCCUCCGGUAAUGGCGGAAUUCCUCUGAUCGGGAGGAAUUUGCCUCGUGGAAAUUCGGGUCUGGCCGCCACGGCGAAGGGGGAGACCCACUAAAAAUCACAGGCAGGUGAAGCCUGUGAACGUGGGAUUCGGCUGGCACCUUUUGCACCUCCCCUACUCGUGGGGAAACCCGGUUUCAGGGAUCCGGAGCGACGUGGGGUGAGCAGCGCGGUGCUGCAAAUUGAUUGCUUUUUCCACGGAGCGAAGCUGCAUAGCUGUUGCCGGAGAGCGCUGACUUUUUCCUGUGGACAAUUUGAUCUUAAAGCAACUACCCGUGAGUAGAGCGGAGAAUUGGAUUUUUAAACGUCUUAAUUUGGUGUUGAAACGGGGAGGUCCAAAACAGGAAGUCCACCUUCCCUCUUUGUAAAUAGAUUGAAGCAAUGAAUGCAAGCUGAAGUCACGGAAAGUCUAUCCUAAAGGACUAAAUUUCCAUCAGUAAAAAAUACUAAACCCCCCUUGGUGGCAGGAGAAGAGGGGGGAAAGCUUUGGACCGAAUAUACCUGCAGGAGAGAGCGAACAGAGUUAAAAUACCACCGCUCCGAUCCUGGAAACGGGCUGCCGGUAGGAUUGACGUGCCUUAGAAUGCUUAUUGACUGCGAUUAGAACGUUCACUGACAGCUAGUUAAAUAAGAGAAAUACUUUGUUUCCAUUGUCUCCGUCUGCGUUUAAAAAGAAGUAAAAGUAAUUGAAAAUUGAAACUAACUUUAUUGUUUGGACUGUGUUUAAAAGGACCAAUACAAAUAGAAACUGUUUCCCUCUAGAGGAAGCCUUUGAAACUGUUACAAGAGUUGAGCUGGGGGAAUUUCCAGCUGCAAGAUAAAAAGCUGUGAGACUCUGGGACUGACCUUGAAUCGGUUAAGAAUGUUGACAGAAGAGGCCUUAGUGGCAGUACUAAGUAAGAUAAAUGACUCACUGGAACAGCUUAACAAGAAGGUGGAUGUGGUAACUACCAAAAUCGAUAAUUUGGGACAAAAAGUGAACAUCAAUACAGAAACUAUUCAGAAAUUGAUACAGGAAUCUACUCUGACAUGGCAAACUGUGGAGAAGACCAGGAAGAAAGUUGCUGUUGUUGAACCUAAAGUAACACAACUGGAGAGAGAGAGGGUCCCAGCCUUACGGAUGCAAUUUGAUGAUCAUAAGUUGAUGCCUUCUAUGAUUGAAUUUAAAGAAAAUCAGAUUUUGAGGACCAGAGCUCUACCCGAAUUGGAGAAGGAAAGUUGGGUAGAUCCCCUCACACAGGAACUUGCUGAUUUUGGGGACCUGGACUUGGGUCAAGAAGAGAUUAAAAUUGUGAGGGCCUACAGACUUGGAGAAAUUUUGAAAGAUGUCCCGAAAUAUCGUUUGGAUCUUAGUUUUAACGACGGAGAUUUGGCUGCCCUGUCGAGAAGGAAUAAAAUCAUCUCUAGGUGGGAGUUUCCCCGAGAUCUACCCUUCAGUCUCAAAGGAAGGAAAAUAAAAAUAACAUCAGCAGAAGACAAAGUAAAGUGCAUGUACAAAUAUGAAGAAGAUUUGCAGAAGAGACUUGGAAAAGACUUAAGAGCCUCGGACAGAAGAUUACCAGGUUGAUGGACUAUAUGGAAUUGACUGGCAGAAUCCAAGUCCAGGAAGAAGAGCCGGUGGAAGAAGAUUGGAAAAAGUUUAAGGACUAGUUAUGGAAAUAUUGUAAAAUUAAUGAGUGCUAGAAAAAUGUUGGAAUGAAACUAUACGGCUUUAGUAGAAAUGUUAGAAGGAAUUAAGUACAAGUAGAUCAUUGGAGUAUUAAAGGGAAAAUAAGGUUAAAAUAUGCUAAGAUAACUAUAUGACAGAAAAUAGAGGAAGAUGGAAAGGAAUUGCUGAAACAAUUAAUAGAAGUGGAAUACAAAAAGGGAGGUGUGAGGAGGUCGUUGAAACAAGUGAAUGUAAGAUAUGAUAUUGAAAUGGUUUGAUGUGUGUUUUAAAUUGUGUUUGUUAUGUCUUGCUUAGUUUAUUGUAUUGCUUAGUUUAUUGUGUUAGUGAUGUGUUGUGUAUUGUGUAUACAUUGUAUUGUAUUGUUUUUUUGGUUUUUUUUCUUCAUCUUGCUUUUUUCCCCUUUCCAUUUCUUUCUUUUCCUUUUUGUAAUCUUUAAAAGUAAUAAAUAUUAUUUAUUUUUUUUAAAAGAGAGAUUUUACUUUCUUGGGCUCCAUGAUCACUGCAGAUGGUGACCGCAGCCACAAAAUUAAAGGACACCUGCUUCUUGGGAGAAAAGCAAUGACAAACCUAGACAGCAUCUUAAAAAGUAGACAUCACCUUGCCAACAAAGGUCCGUAUAGUAAAAGCUAUGGUUUUCCCAGUAGUGAUGUAUGGAAGUGAAAGCUGGACCAUAAAGAAGCCUGAUCGCCAAAGAAUUGAUGCUUUUGAAUUAUGGUGCUGGAGGAGACUCUUGAGAGUCCCAUGGACUGCAAGAAGAUCAAACCGAUCCAUUCUGAAGGAAAUCAGCCCUGAGUGCUCACUGGAAGGACAGAUUGUGAAGCUGAGGCUCCAAUACUUUGGCCACCUCAUGAGAAGAGAAGACUCCUGGAAAAGACUCUGAUGUUGGGAAAGAUGGAGGGCACAAGGAGAAGGGGAUGACAGAGGAUGAGAUGGUUGGAAGGUGUCUUUGAAGCUACCAGCAUGAGUUUGACCAGACUGCGGGAGGCAGUGGAAGACAGAAGUGCCUGGCGUGCUCUGGUCCAUGGGGUCACGAAGAGUCGGACACGACUAAACAACUAAACAACAACAACAAAUGUGGGCAGACGGGGGGGGGGGGGGGAGCAGGGAAGAAGGAAUAUUUUGUAUGCAUGAAAGUGGCUCUGUUAAUUCACAAGAUCAGUGUUCUGGGGGCAUAACGGAGUAUGUGAGCUCCAUCUGGUGGCUAAAUUAAAGCUCAAACCCUGCAGCUUUAGUAAUGCAAAUAGAAGAACUACCGUACAUGGAAAAAAACAUGUUAUAAAUGUAAGAACUCUGAUUGACUGCAGUACAAUUCUGUAAUGAUGCCUACGGAAAGAAGCCACAGCUGCGUUCCUUCAUGGCAGGUUUUUAAAGAAUGGUUGAUACCCAAAGAAGGAGGGGGAUUUUCAUUCUCUGUGGCCCAGAGAAGGACCUGAAGGCACAAGAUGCUGGUCUCAGUAGAGCUGAUGCCUUUAUAGAUCUCACAGAACCCCUGAACUCCACAGGGAUAUAAAUGUAAUAAAUAAAACUGAUAAAAACGGAGAGAAAAUGAAAACCCGCAUCCCAGGACCAGCCCAUUAGAGAAUCUAGACGUAGUAAUAUUGAUAUAUUAUUAAAUCCAACCUUGCAGUUCUUAAAUAUUGUUGUUGGCUUCCAUAUCGAGUGCACCUCCAAAUCACUGUGCUAGCUGCACCGAAGUAACAUUCCACUGUGUGCAACUUGGGCAGUAUGUAUGGAGGUCCUGGGCUGUCUAGACAAGAUCUCCCUGAUUCUUUCUUCUUCUUCCUUUCUUUGGUGAUCACUCGUAUAGCUGAGUAAGAUUGUCUCCCAUAAACACGGUUUUAACAAUGAGUCCGUAAGUGACUGUGGAGGCUAAUUCUGGAUCCACACGUCCUUCCACAGUGGGGACAUUGAUAAUCCAGUCAGGGAAAAAGGGAGGCAGACUAUGUUUAGGGCACCUUUUCUAGCUCCUCCCCCUUUUUGGGGUGAGAAGAGUGGAUCCUAAAAAGGGCCGCUGAGUCAUGGAUACAGCUGCUGAGCUGCUCAACUGCGUCGUUCCUUGAGUCAGAACGACUAAAUCUGUAUCCACCGCCCAUGUGCCAGUUCAUGACUAGGGGCUUCCAGAUUUCACGAUCCUGCCCCCGUUACCAUUUGCCGAUCACCGUGGGACUUUUGGGGUUUGGCUUUGGGUCAGGUUUUUGGAAGAUUCCUGUGCUUGAAUUUGUUCUAUGUGUGUAGAUCAGUGCAUGCUGACCAGCGCACAGUCUUCGCAGUAAGGCUCUGUUCCAAUGGCAUGAGUAGUCACGAUGACCAGUAGAUUCUUAUCUGCUGCAGCCUUCAUCCACCUUCACAGCCGUUGUAACAUACCGCUUGUUAUUACCUCCCUGAUGUGGUCCAAAGGAAAGCAGAGCAAUAUGUUUGACACUAGCUUGGCUGCAGGAGUUGCUGGAAAGAGGUGUACAAGGUCCAACCGUCUUAGUGACUCCACUCCAGAUUUGUAUAGAGUUUAUUCCUUAACCUUUUCUUUUCCCAAAGGUAAAGGGAUCCCUGACCAUUAGGUCCAGUCGUGACCGACUCUCGGGUUGCGGCGCUCAUCUCGCUUUAUUGGCCGAGCGAGCGGACGUACAGCUUCUGGGUCAUGUGGCCAGCAUGACUAAGCCGCUUCUGGCGAACCAGAGCAGCGCAUGGAAACGCCGUUUGCCUUCCCGCCGGAGUGGUACCUAUUUAUCUACUUGCACUUUGACGUGCUUUUGAACUGCUAGGUUGGCAGGAGCAGGGACCGAACAACGGGAGCUCACCCUGUCGUGGGGAUUCGAACCGCCGACCUUCUGAUCAGCAAGUCCUAGGCUCUGUGGUUUAACCCGCGUCCCUUUUCCCAAAGGUAUCCUGUGAGAUAACAAGAUGGGCUACUUUUCGGGGUUGAAGAGCCCCAUCUACCCCUUACUUCCUUCUACAACACAUGCAGAAACCAUAUUUUUGACCAUUGGACCCACUCUUAGUCUCAUCUGCUCAAUCCACUGCAGCCUCACUUUGCAUGCAGCAGAAGUCCUCAACUCACUGAGGGUUUGAGGCUCAUUUGCUCCCCUUACCUACAGAUCGUGGCUUCAUUUAUCUGAAAUUUGGAUUAUUUUAAAUAUUGAGUCUUGGUGUCACUUCAAAGCAUGCCAGGAAGUAACAGCCAGCACUGCUGAUUGCAUUAUGAUAGGACUAGGAAAUGUGUGGGCCUUCAAGUGUUGAUAGACUCCGACUCCCAUCAAGAGCAGGCAACCUCCCAUCCAUCUGGUCUAGGGAACCACCCACUAACAGUGCGUCAGUCUUAUCUGCCUUGAGCUUCAGUCUGUUGGCUCUCAUCCGGUCUAUUACUGAGGCAUGACAUCGGUCCAGCACAUCCGCUGUCUCACCUCACAGAUGUAAAAGAGAAACAGAGUUGUGUAUCAUCAGCGUAUUGCUGUCAAUGUACAGUGGUACCUUGGUUUAUGAACUUAAUCUGUUCUGGAAGUCCGUUCUCAAACUGAAACCGUUCUUAAACUGAGAUGUGUUCCCUAAUGAGGCCUCCUGCCUCCGAUGCCCUUCCACCAUUCGGCUUCCGUUCUUAGACCAAGGUAAAGUUCGCAAACCGGGACACUACUUCCAGUUUUGCGGAGUUUCGUAAACCGAAUAGUUCAUAAAUAGGGCUGUUCUUAACCGAGGCACCACUGUGCUCCAAAACUCCAGAUGACCCCACUCAGUAGUUUCAUAUAGAUGAUAAACAGCACAGGGAAUAAAAUGAACACGGGCAAAUUAUUUGUUUUCAUCAUAUUGGCCUGGGCAUAUCCCUGUGAGCUUAAGAUCAUAUGUGAAUUGGCUUCCCAGGUCCUCCAUUCCUUUACGGACGCUAUUUUUGAUGAAUGGAUGAAACGAUUUCGCCCAUCUGGCAGUGCGUGGCCUGAAGAACUGGCUCCUAUUGGCCACAACCGGAAGUUCAACAUGGUGCCUUUCUUCCCUCCAGUGGCCAAUGAUGAACUGUUUCUACCUGCAGAACAACUUGGCUACAGCUAUGCCAUUGACUUGCCUGGUAACUAGAUAGUUUUGUGAGUUAUAUAGUUUAGCUUGCAAGAGCUCAGCACUGCAGCAUGUACCAGUUGUCGCAGUGUGGUACCACUCUGGGCUAAGGGCACAGUGUGGUAGCCUUUGCCAAACUGGUGCCCCUGGUUGUUUUGGCUUACAAUCGCCACCGGUUUAAUAGCAUGGCUAUUAAAAACAAUGGAAGCAUUGUCAAUUAUGGCAGUUGUCCAGGGAUUUAGUGUAAUGGUUAGAGUGUGGCUGUGGCUUUGUUCUUUGUUCUUUGUACAAAAUUUAUUUAUUUGGUGUUUCAAAUUAAAAAUUUAGAGUUAUAUUAGGCAUAAAUCAUAAAAGCAAGAUUCCAAGGAAUCUCCUGGACUUCCAUCCUCCCCUAUUUUGGUCCUAUUAUUAAUCCUUUCCUCCCUCAUCUUUAAUCCAAAUCCUUUACCUCUUCCACUAUGUCCGGAAUUUAACCUUAAACUACAAGUGAUAUUCCAAUCCUACUAACGAUUUUAACUGUUUACAAUGGUCUUUAAGGUAGCUUAUAAAUUUCCCCCAUUCCUUAUUGAAAUUUUGGUCUUCCUGAUUUCGGACUCUUCCGGUCAUUUUAGCCAUUUCAGCAUAAUCCAUUAACUCCAUCUGCCAUUCUUCUCUCGUAGGAAAUUUAUCUUCUUUCCAUCUCUGGGCCAGUAACAUCAGUGCAGCCGUGGUCGUAUACAUAAAUAGUAUUUUCUGCUCCUUUGGGAUUUCCACACCUAGAAUUCCUAAAAGGAAGACUUCAGGCUUUUAAACAAAGGUUAUUUUAAACAUUUUUUCCCAACUCAUUAUAUAUCAUUUCCCAAAAUCCUUUUACUACCUUACAAUUCCACCACAUAUGAUAAAAGGUGCCUUCUUUCCCCUUACAUUUCCAGCAUACAUUUGAACACGUUUUAUACAUUUUUGCUAAUUUACUAGGAGUUUGAUGCCGUCGGUACAUCAUUUUCAUAUAAUUUUCUUUCAGUGUAUAACAUGCUGUGAACCUCAAGUCCCCAAAAUCACAAAGCUAUUUAUCUGUUUGACAUCUGUUGGGGGAGGAUGUUCCACAGGGCGGACGCAACUACCCAAAAGGCCAUCUGCCUGAUUCCCUGUAAGCUCACAUCUCACAAUGAGGGAACCACUAGAAGACCCUCGGACCAACAGCUUCAGACACUCAGUGUCACUCUCAGCACCACCCAACCCUUGGCAGCAGACAUGCCAACUUUGAGGGCUGAUGUAUCUCCGGCCCUUUCAGUCUUCGUUGCGGCCUAGGACCCUCAUACCUACGGGACUGCCUCUCCUGAUAUGCCCCACGGAGGACCUUAAGGUCCACAAAUAACAUCACUUUGGAGGUCCCAAGCCGCAAGGUGGUUAGAUUGGUCUCAACUAGGGCCAGGGCCUUUUCAGUACUGGCCCUGACUUGGUGGAACGCUCUGUCACAAGAGACUAGGGCCCUGGGGGACUUGACAUCUUUCUGCAGGGCCUGCAAGACAGAGCUGUUCCACCUGGCCUUUGGUUUGGACUCAGUCUGACCCUUAUGUUUCCUUCCCCUUAUGGUUUUGAUUUAUGGGCUACUAUUAAAAUAAGGCUGCAUUUUAAAUUGUAUUUUAACCCGUAUUUUAAUAAACUGUUUUUUUUUUUAGUUUCUCCCUCCCCCCCCAUUAUGUUUUAUUGUAAUUUUAUUGGUGUUAGCUGCCCUGAGCCCAGCUCUGGCUGGAGAGGGUGGGGUAUAAAUUAUUCUUAUUCUUAUUACUAUUAUUCUUAUUAUUCUUAUUAUUAUUAAAGGGGCUGGGACCCCUUGAUAUUGAGGGGGCCCAGCGCAUGUCCCACAGGCGUGACAUAUAACAUGCCGUGAACUUUAAAUCCCAAUUCCAUAACCUCUCUCAAGCUGUGAGCUGUAUGUUAUACCCAAAGUCUCCCGCCCAGCGUAUCAUUACAGAUUUGACCUGUUUGUCAUUUGUAGACCAUAAUUGGUGUUAUGUACUGAAGUUCUCACCCUGGGCCAGCAGGGGGAUACUGUAGAUAGUUUUCAUUCAGGACCACAUAUGCAAAUAAGGGACUGAAAGUGACGUUCAGUGAUUGGAUAAUUACAGAAAAUGGUUACUGUUGCGUUCUAGUGGAGCUCUAUAUAAGGAGGCUGGCUGAACCCUUCAUUUCAGUUCUGUUCUGGCCUGUGAAUAAACAAGAGCUGUUUGAAGUAUCGCUGUGUCGUCUGAUAUGUUCACCCACAACUUAACGAUUGGCUUUGCUCUUCUGCCUUCACAGAAUCGGCUGAAGAGGCCCGCGCUUGGGCUCUCAUGGUUGGAUCUACCAUUGGAGGAGCUCUGAUUGCUUUACUUGUUCUGGUCCUUCUGCUUAUCCUCUUCCAGCACCGGAGACACCGGAAAGGUUUUGAGCCGCUAAUGAACGCAAGGUUUAGCGUGAAGAAAUACAGCGACGAAGCCUAA